UGGGAGGAGGGAAGGAAGGGGAGGGAGCUCCUGGUUUUGCAUUCACCAGAAGGCUGCAACUGUAGUAGCUCGGCGGGAGUGGAUUGAGAGCGAGGAAAGAGAGGGGAGGAGAGAAGAAGAGAGGAGUAGAAGAAGGGUGGGAAAGGAAGCCCAAGCCUUGGAGCCAGGCGACACCCGAAGGAGGACAGGUGUACCAUGUCGUCCGACCAGACUUCUCAGCCCACUGUGCCACCUCUCCACUCUCCAAAGUCACCUGUGUGGCCCAUUUUCCCCUUCAAUAGGGAAGGAAGCCGCAUCUGCGAGAGGGGUAGCCACCUUCUUCGAGACUUGCCAAGCCCCCUCCCCACAAAAAGAACCAGGACAUACUCUGCAACGGCUCGGGCUUCUGCUGGUCCUGUCUUUAAAGGUGUAUGUAAGCAGUUUUCACGCUCCCAGGGCCAUGGUUUCAUCACCCCGGAGAAUGGCACAGAGGACAUAUUUGUCCAUGUUUCUGACAUCGAAGGAGAGUAUGUCCCAGUAGAAGGAGAUGUGGUCACAUACAAAAUCUGCCCCAUCCCACCAAAGAACCAGAAGUUCCAGGCUGUGGAGGUGGUUCUCACCCACUUAGCUCCACACACAAAGCAUGAAACAUGGUCAGGGCAAAUAAUUGGCUCGUAAACUGCUUUUUGAGCAUGCAGGUUAACUGCACCAGGAAAUGGAGGUGGAUGGCGUGGGUGGGUGGUGUUGGAAUUAAUUACUGGAAAAAUGGAAGAGGCCUGGCUGGCUAAUCUUACUUGCAGUGUGACAUGUUUGCAUUUAUAUCUUGUCUUUUCUAAGAUUUACCUUAUUGGGGAGGGAGGUGGUAAAUGUGUUUUUUUUUCCAUGUUGGCAAGCAGGAAGUGAAAAAAUAGGUGGAUUUGUCAUGAAUUCCCAAUCGUACCAAACUGAGCAAAAGCAGAGCUCUUGGUUUGUAUAUGUGUGCAUUUUGUUUGUAUGUAUGUGCAUCCUCAUCCCGAAAGACUGGCCUCUCUCUCAUGCUACACAUUUGUAACACUUUGGUCUCACUUUAAUUGUCCUGGCUGCAUCCUAUGAAAUCCUUGAAAAUGUGUAGUUUCGUAAGGCAUUUAGCAUUCUGUGUUAGUUGAGUCACCAAACCACAAAUCCCAGUGUUAUGUAGGGUGCAGACAUGCUUGUUAAAGUAGGAUCAAAGUAUUAUUACUAUGUGGUGUGGAAGAGACUUGAUGUUUUAUCUUGCUGCUACUCCAAGCAUAUCGACAAAAAAUGUCAUCCUGCUCCCCUUGACAAUUUUUCUUACUCUUUCUGAACUAUGUCCAAGCAUAGCACUCACCAUCAUCCCCCAGCUUUGCAUUAAGCUCUUUUCUCAACCAGAACAAGAAUUAAAUGUGGCUGUAAGAAAUUCCUUUUCUGGGGACAGUGGCCUCAUAGCAUUGGGCCUGUAGUGUCUUCCAGAACCUUUGUCGCAUGGUGGUGCCAGUUACGGAGAUACUAGAAGGUGUAUUGUCCUCCCUCUCUCACCCUCAUGAGAGGGAAGGAAGUUAAUCCACAGGCGGCAGUUUCCUGGAUCAUUGUCCAUCUUUGCCAGAGUCUGUUGAGGUCAGUGGCUAAGUGAAUUUUGAACAUAAGACUGUUUCCACUUACACCUCAAGCACCAGAUGUAUCCGAAAUAAGUUCUGCAGGAAAUUAAUAGAAUGCAAAAAUUACAAUAGAUUAUUUGUAAAAACAAAUAAAAAACUACAAUUCCCUCUAUUGUGAUAGCCACCAUUGAAUUUAUGAAAUUUAUUCUGAUAUGACCGAGGAAGACUUGCCAACUGUUUUCUUCUCUAUUUAAGUAAGGAAUAGGAUUUGAAGGCUGAGGGUUUGAGCUACAGGACAGCAAGACCCUAGCACUAUUGCCAUGGUAUCUAAUGAAUUCAGGAAGUUGUAGUUAUUUUUUUAAAAAAACCUUUUUCCAGGAUGUAAUUCUGGAUUUAUGAGGCACCGAGCAAAAUCACUGUCUGAUGUCACUGUAUCACCCAGUGAUGUUUCUAUGCAUUAAAUCAGAUGUAGUGCAAGUUAUUAUCUUCUACCACAAAUGAGAAUUCUGUACUUAAAAGUUUGGGUACUUGAUUCUCCAGAUGAAAAGCUAGGUAUUCUUGUAAAUAUGUUGGCCCAUUCAGGUUUUAUUUACUAUCAAAUCUUUCUGAAUGCUAUGCAGAUAUUAUCUAUUGCUGUAGAAAAUGUCUACUUUUUAUGUUGACGGCCAUACUGUUGAUCCUCUUCAGAGGCUGUUUAUAUAUUAAGACAAGAGGUAGAAGAGGAGGACACAGAAUAUAAAUAUGAUUUUUCCAGGGUACAUGAAAAUCUGUGAAACUCCAAGUGAACCCUAGGAGGCCAGACUGUGGCUUCUGGGAGCUGUGUAUGGUUCAUGGAUCAUAUUUUACCCACCUUUGACUUAGCCUUUUGUCAGCUGUCUAUGUCUGAAAUGUGUUAGUCUUGAGAAUGAUGGUUCAAGAUUCAUCCGCUUUUCUGCUUAGCUAACUUUAUAAAAAGAACCCCCUCCCAAAAACCAUCUUGACACAUGGUAAUUUAAGGGAAACCUUUCCAGACUUCCUCAUCCCCAGCUAGACCUUAAUUCCUCCCCCGACCCCAUAAAGAACGGGGGUGUAUUUGAAAUGCACCAGUUCCCCUGUAUAUAGUAGCAAUUGGUUCAAGAUGACAAUAGCGCCAGGGUCUUGCUUUCAGUCUGUUGGUGUAUAUAUCUGUAUUAUUUAACAAAAUCUGGCUAUUUCUUUCUUAAGAUUCUCUUUCCCCAUUAUGCUUAAGGGAAAAUUAACGUUCUGCACUAUCUGGAGUUACAUUAGUGUCUUAAAUUGCUGCAAAAUAUUAUGUCAGAAGGACAUCAGAUGUAGCUAUUUCCAUUAGUUUCAAUGAGAUUAGGUGCACAAAAACUUGUAAUAGUGUGUGAGUCUGAGGUCUUUUCUAUAGGCCACAACCAAGAUGGCAUUACAUUUUCCAUAUAUGUGAAAACAUAAGGCUGUCCCCUGAAGGCGUUUGUUCUCUUGAAAGGCAUGCCAAGAGAGAGAGAGACAAAAGCAUUUUUGUUAGCAGAAUUUAUUCUGGUAACAUCUGGCAUGGAACAGAGCCUCUGGGAUGCAUCUGCUUCAUCCACUUGGAUAUGGCAUCUCUUGGCAGCAGCAAUCUCCUUGGAGAAGGAUAUUUUGGAUUGCUGUACCUCCAGAGAUGUAGGCUUCAGCAUUGUCUAUGUAUUGUAUUUCGGAUCGUUGCAGAUGGUGUGUCUCCUCAGGAUAGAUGUUUGGGUUUCUUUUUCUAAUUCUUUCUUCUCAUUUCCUAAACUGAACAUUUUGAUCAUUGCCCUCUAUGUGUCUUGUUUUGUAGUCAAAUGUGGGGGAAAAUAAGAAAGGAAUGAUAAUAAUAUAUAUUUGUGGGGCAGUAAUAAAUAAUGGGAUUUUGUGGCAUUAUUGUAUUGAGUACUUCCUGCAGUUAUGAUUUGGCUCUGCCUAACCUUUCCCAAACACUUUACUACUUUCCCCCAGGAUAUACAGGGUCAUGUCUAAAAGCACAAACCUGGUUUCUAGUAUUCUUUAUAUGUUUGUAAUAGAAUGGUUUCCCAGGAUAGGAUGUGCAAGCUAGGAGGCUGCCUGGUGGUUUGCAAUCUCAUUCUAAGUAGAUUGACAAGUCCACAGCUCCUUAGGCAAUGCCUUAUCUGAGGUUGUUGGACCUCGGAGAGAAGUUUGUCACGCAUAUCAACUUUUGGUGCACGAAAAAGGAAGCAUAAUUGUUCUAGGAAUUAGCAAAAGUUUGAAUGAAAUGAGCUAGCAAAGAGUUUGAAUGUAUGCACAUGGGAAGCUGAGGACAUGUGGUGCCUUUUGAAUGAGGCAAGGAAAGCCUGAUAGGUAGAGCCCAUAAUGUACUGGCAUCAUAAGAAUGAGGCUGCUUUUCAAAGUUGCAUUUUUUUUGUACUGGGAUACUUCUUUAGAGGCUUUCAGAUAAUAUGUGAUUGUGUGUCAAAUGCUCAUCUAACUGCCAUGGUUCAUAAUUUUGGUGACAUGAAAUUUGAAGGGGGCUUCUGGUUAUUUCCCCAGUAAUCACAUUUUUACUUAAAACAAGUACACAGGGAACAUGCACCUUGUUUCCAAGGAGAAUUGUGCGCCAAAGCAUGUGAUUCUCUCGUCAAGAAAGUGAAAAGGAGGGGUUUCAUAAAACACAUAGGUUUUGGUGGUAACCUUGAGAAGCCCAUAGACUAAUAGGGCAGCCCCUAGAUCUUGAUCUGAUGUAAGCAUCAAGCAAAAUCCCAUUAGUCUUUCUGGACUGAAUAUCGUCACUUAGGACUUAAUGCUCUCUCAUGCAUGGAGAAUACAGCACUAAGAAAAGUUCAAACCUCUCAUUGAUGUGCUCCUCUCCAUACAGUGGGGACAUUUCUCUAAACAAGUGUUCAGAAAUGGUUGCUAACCCAGCCUACUGUGAAGUAACACAGUCCCCAAAGACUUCCAUGUGAAUUUAUUGAAUGCUUAUCACUAUGAAUACAAAUACAGUGGUCUCCAAGCAGCACUUUAAAAUAAAAGGGAGCAGACGGGGAGCUGUUGACUGUAUAUUCCAGGAAAGACCUUCUGUUUUUGUUGUGUUUGAGACUUGCUCCUCCCAUGAUCCAACUGGUUUUUAUGAGACUAUUUUUGGCCCUUUGGAACUAAACAACCAACACCUGCAAUUAGCAACCAAACAACUCAGGGCCAAAGGAGAAUAUCUAUGUACAUGGAGUAAAAUAAGAGCAGUGUUUGUUUGUUUUUUGUUUUAAAUUAAACCAACAGGCAAGGUCUUAUGCAUAGAGGUAUGAAUAGGAGCUUUUUCUGGAAGUUUUUCUAGCUGUUUUCUAGCUGUGGUCUAGGCCCCAUGGGGGAACCAGGCAUGGGCUGGAAGGAAGCCAUUACCCCGCUUCCCAAUGUGAUCCUAGUCCCUUCUGUGUGACCUGCUCCCUGUGACAAAUGGAGGGACUUCCUGCUCACAUCCAGCACCAGCAGCUCAGCCUCUGUCCCUCUCCUUGAAGGUGCAAUUCCAGCGGGAGUGCCACUCAACCGUGACUUCUCUCUGGGCAUUGGUUCUUUCUGAAAUAACCUUGUUACCUAUAGUUGUCUGUGUUUUACAACUUUUCUUCGUGUGGUCCUUGCCUGUCUGAUCCCCUGUUGACCUCUGUAGCACUGGCAAUAAACCAUUAAAGUGA